CGAAUUUGUUAUUUAAUUAUUUCAAUUGUAUUUUACUAUUUUUCAUCUGAUGUCCAUCACUAUUAUACUUCUCAGACGUUGUUCUUGUUUAUACGUAAAGUAAUUUUACUUGAAUUACUACAGUUCAAGUGAUAGUUUAGUAGUCAACAUUUAUCAUACUGGUAUUGACCAUUGAUUUAAAAAAAUCAAUGGUUCGCGGCAGUGGACGUGUAGGUAUGAAUAGAUUUCCACCACCUUUGGCUGGUCCGAUGGUUCCUCCAUUCAUGUCACGUAGAGUACCCAGACAUCCUUUCGAUAUCGUCCUUUGCGAAGGUGCUUUUCCCAGGGUAAAGCCCGGUGCUCACACUACAGAGGAGUCUGCGUUCAAUGCAGUAAGUAUAAUGACUUAGUCUUGAUUGAUUCAGUACUGGUCAAUUAUCAACUACCUAUUAUUUUUUUUCUCAGGCUCUACUCAAACGGGCACAGAUAUUAACUCCUAGUUCCGAAGAUCAUUCAGCACUCCUGGGUGUUGUUACUAAGAUACAAUCCAUAUUAGAUAAUAUUAUCAUAUCUCCAGGCAAAACUGAAGUAUCUGUAAGUUAAUUAUGAUAAUUUUUAAUUUAAUUUAGAUUAUUUUGUAAUACAAUGCAUGUAUAUUUUUUAAAACAAUUUUGUAGAUCGAAGAAGUCAGAGUUGUUGGUUCAUUUAAAAAAGCAACUAUUAUGAAAGGUCAUACUGUGGCUGACAUAGUGGUUAUUUUCAAAACUUUACCUACCAAAGAGAGCGUUGUUGCUUUGUCGCAAAGGAUUAUAUCUGAUUUUAGAGAAAACCAUCCCACUGGAAUACAUAUUGCUGAUGGUCGGUUUGAGAAUGAUCAAUAUUCUUUAUCAUUAUGAUUACAAAAUCAAAUAAAUAUUUAUUUAUCUAUUAAAAUUAUUCUUAAAUGUGUUUAGAUGUUUUAAUGGCGCCUGAUAGCACUGGCUUUGAUGUUAUUUCAUCACAAGGUACUGUACGUAUACUAAUAUCGACUAUAUCCACUAAUUUAAAGAAGUUAACAUCUGGAUUACAUUUGGACUCUAAUGCAAUGAAACUUCACAUGGGCGCAAUACGUCAUAGGUGAGUUUUCAAGGCUCAAUAUGUUAAAUAUAAUUAUUAAUGAUUUUAAUGAUAUCAUUAAAUAUAUUAUAUAGUCGGUGGUUUGAUGACAAUGCUUCUCAUUCAUCAAACAAAAUGCUUGUUAGACUUCUCAAAGAUUUACGCAACCGUUUUAGUGGUCUGAAGUGUUUAAAUCCAUGGAUGAUAGAUUUAUUGGUUAGUAUGAAAUUAUUAUUAUUAAUAAACUAUAAAUUAAUUAUUAGUUUUAUUUCAUAUUAUUAUUGAGUUUAUACAUUUAAUAUAAGUUAUUAAAAAACAGUCAACUUUUUGAGCACUUACCAUUAUUAUGAUUAUAUAUCUAAUAGCAGUAGAAUAUAUAUAUAACAGUUUAAUUACCUAAAAUGUUAUAAGUUUCAGAUAACUGUUUUAUUAAAAAAAAUAGAUUCUGAGCAAAGCGAGAAAUAUAUUGUUUUUUUUUUUUUUAUAAUACUUUAUUAUUUCUUUUAGAUUCUGAGUGUAGCAAUAUUUAUUAUUUUUACUAUGUGAGCUUUAUUUUUUGUAUGUAUAUUUACGUAAUGACUGCUUCUAUCAUUUUAAAUUUUGUUUUUAUUUUUUUUUUUGUCGUAUUUCUGUUUAAAAUAAUUGUAUACUUAAUGUUUUCCACAAAUACUUCAAUUAGCUCUUUUAAAAUGUGAUACAUUUUCAGAACAUUCUGAUGUAAAAUUAGGGAAAUGAUGUAAUUAUGUAUAAACAAUUUAAUUAUAUUUUCUUCUUCUAAGGCAUUUUAAAGAACAUUUAGGUCUAUUGCUGCAGCAACAACGUCUCUCCACUUCUCUUUGUCCAUUGACACAUUCUCUGUAUUCUCAACCCCCAAUUAUCCUGAGGUUAUCCUUGAUACUUUUGGUCCUGAUACUCUAGGUCGUCCUUUAGGGCAUUUUUUGUUUGAUUUCUGUCUUGUUAUAUAAUCCUUCAGAUUCUUUCAGCCCAUUAUAUACAUUACAUACUUUGUUAUUCUUCAUGAUUUCUGUAAUAUUAUAAUAUAGGUUUCUCUAUGUAGUUAAACUUUUUAUUUGUCUUAACUUCAAAUUCAUCUUCUUCAUUCUUUUUUGGUCUAAACAUUUUUCUUUUAAAAACACAAUUUAAUUGCAUUAGUUUAAGUGGUUUUCCCCCAUAUAUAUGCUAUGAGUAUUUAAAACUUUGUACAAUCAUAUCUUUGAUCUUCUUGAAAGUAAUUUUGAUUUGAACAGUGUUAAUAGUCCAAAAUAAUAUUUAUUUAAUGUUAUAAAUCUUUCUUUUAUUUCUUCAUGACUGCGUUUUCAUUCACCCACUGCUCCAAGGUUUUUGAAAUGUUCUAUCCUUUCAAAUGAGAACCCUUCUAAUUUUCUUGUUGUCUGAAAGGUAUUUUGAUUUCUCUUUUAUGUUAAGACUGAUUUCUUUCUUUACUUUCUUUACUUUGUUAUGAAUGGUUUCACUAGAUCAUCAGCACAUGCUACAAUUGCAAGCUGCUGGCUAUGACCAAUAUUUUAGCUAAUUAAAACAAAAAUAAUUCAACACUUACCUAAUUUGGGCAAAUUUUAAGAUUUUAAUUGAAUUUUUUUUUUUUUUUUAAAUAGGCCCAUCGUUCACUGUUGAACAACAAACAAACUUUGCCUAUUCAAAUAGCGUACAGGAGAGUUAUCCAACUACUUGCUGGUGGAUUAUUUCUUCCUGGUUCUGCUGGCAUUAUAGAUCCAUGUGAGUCUGGUAACAUUAGAAUUCAAACCUUGCUGUCAUUGGAGCAACAAGACAUAUUAUGUAUGACUGCUCAACAUUUAGUUCGAGUGAUGGCUCAUGGAGGGUUCAUUGCUGUCCUUAACGGGAACGAUAGUAUGCUCAAUUUAUUUUUAUAUAAUAUAUAAUUAUAUCUUGCUUGGAGGGUUUUAUUUGUUGAAUUUCUUUUUUUUACAGACAUUUUAAAACUCAAAUCCAUUAAUGCUGUGUUAUUCGAGGACCUUCAAAAAGCUUAUGAAAAGCAAGAAGAAAUGGUAGAAGAUACAGAGGUGACAACUGCAGAAAGUGAAGAAGUAACAAUGGAGAGUACAUAAUAACGAAAAUUUCAUAAAAAUCUUAUUUAAAAUGUACGAGUUAAUAUUUAUAUAAUAUGUAUGUAUGUUUGUGUGUGUGUGUGUAUGUGUGCGUGCCUACUUGUUUAUCACUUCUGUUUUUAUUCCAUUAAGUAAUCAUUUGAUUAUUAAUGAAAUCAUGUACUCGUACAUUUAACUCAUCAUUAUUUUGUACACUUAUUUUUAAUUAAAUAAUGUAUCUGGGGUUGUACAUACAGCUGCUAGAGAACACAUUUUUUUUUCUUUUCUUUUUUUUUAUUCAAUUUAUUACAAAAACAAAAGUUAACACAACAUAUUAAUAUUAUAAAUAUGUAGAUUGACAACUUUGGUAUAAAAUAUGUGACUAGAUUUAAUGACUAGAUUAGUAUUUGUAGGCAUUAUAAGUUAAGGCAAGUAGUAGUAUUAUUAAGUAUUAAAUAUUAAUAAUAAUGAUAAUAAUAACAAUAAAACAAAAGAAUAUAUUAAUUCGUUAACGAUUAAACUAGUUCAGUUAUACACUAUUAUUAUUGCAGAGUUAUUUCAUUAACACAUUGACAGACACUUGAAAUGCAACGUUAUAUUAGUAGUGUUAUACCUACAUCUAAAGUCUAUGUAAAUUGGUAGUGUGGAUUGCCAUAAUGUGGUCCAUAGUCUUCUAUCAUUUGAUACCAUUGAAAAAAUUACUGCUAUAGCAGUACUGUCCAUCAAUGUGUUAAAACAGCAAAUACUGUUGUAAACAAUGAAAUAUUUAAUUAUACUAAUUUAUUAAUGGUGAUCGAUUUUUAUAGAUGUAACAAUUGUAUACAUAUUGAACAAUUUGGAGUACUAAUGGUCAGCAGUUGAACAUGUGUUAAAUAUAUAUUAAAUUUUGUAUUUUGUAUACACUUUGCAAGUAUACUGAUGGUGAUUGAUUCAGCGUAAGUGUAUACAAGAUGAACUCCUCUGAAACAAAUAAUAAUAACUGAUUAGCAAAUAUAAUCCAUGUGUUCUUAAAUCAUCUGUGAUGACUGGUGGAAUUAGCAUUGUUCUUUUUCCAUCAGAAAUUGCCAAUAACAUUAUUUCUGGAGAAUCAAUAUGUUAAAAAUGAAUAAGUGGUUUGAGUGGGAUGUAAUAGAAUUUUUAUCUAACGCUACCAUAAAAAAUUAGGAACAUGUGAUGUAACAAAUUAUUUAUGAUAAUGAUAAAUAUACUAAAACUAGAUAUAGAUAAUGUAUUUUUUUUUUUUUUUUGUAUUUAGAAGUCUGAUAUGGCAAAAAUUAAAUAAUUAAAAUUUUGAUGGUAUGAAGGGCUUUUUAUUAUAGAUAAGAUUGAUGUGGUCUGUGAACAUAAAAACGUGAAGUAAAAAUGUGAACUAAAAACGUUUAUCAUUUAUGACUUGUAUCAAAUUAUUUUAAGUACCUAUUAUCAAUCAAAACAACAAUUAUUGUCUACUUGUAAAUGAUUGCUCAUGUAUUUAGAACACUUGAGACGGGUCCACACGAGUCAUCUUUUACUGGGUGGCAAGGGUUGCUUGGCACGAAUAUGAUGUCACAAAUUUCGUUUUACGCAGCUUUUUUCAAUGCUGUGUGGCAUAAUUUUGGAUUGGCCUAAAGCGCGGUAUAGAUCAAAGAAAAGCUGGGCGGGUUGUGCCACUCGAUAAAAGAUCCAGUAUAAAUGCCAAUUUCAAGUAAUUGAAUGUACCCGUCAUAAAAUAUAUUGUAAUAUUAUUAUUU